AAUGGCGAUCUCUCAGAUCACACCGUCGCUGUUCCUGAGCGGUGUGGAGGCUGUGAACCCGGCCGCUCUCGCCCGCAGGAAGGUCACUCUGCUGGUCCUCGCUGCAGACGAGCUGCCGUUUCCGGAGUCUGCAGGAAUAGACCUCCUGCGUCUUCCCAUCCGUGACGAGCCGCACGCCCCCCUCGCUCAGCACUUCGACAGCGUGGCCGAGAGAAUCCAGCAGAACCGCAGUGGAAGCACGCUGGUGUGCUGUGCCGCGGGCAGGAGCAGGUCUCCGGCGCUCGUCAUGGCCUUCCUCAUAAAGAACGAAGGACUCUCGCUGCUGCAGGCGUACCAGCGGGUGCUGGAGGUCCGGCCGUUCAUCCGGCCCAAUGCCGGCUUUUGGAGGCAGCUGCUGGAGUACGAGCGGCGGUUCCACCUCUGCAACAGUGUGAGGAUGGUGGCCACCUCGCAGGGAGUUCUGCCUGAGGCAGUCGGACAAGCACAGGACCUUCCGCACUGCCUGGACCUUUAACAGGGGUACCUGACACCAUGAUCGGAUUAAUGACUGAGCCAGUGGGGCCAGUGCCCAGGGGCCCUUGAGGUCUGGCUCAAAACAUUUUGCGAUGCCUAUUAACAUUUAUGAUACAAUAUAUUUUUAUUUCCAAGGGCCCUCCAUCUUAUGGAUCCUCUGACUAUUAGGGACUUUAACCCCAGGGUCUCUUGGGGGGCGGGGCUAGCCAUGCUUUUGGGCCCCUUAUGAAAAUGGAUGAGGCUUUGUGGCACUGCUCAUAUUUUUAGAGGGCCCUGGUUAUGAGAGCCCCUACCAGAAGGCCCUAGAGAAGAGCAGGGCAUACCAUUAAAGGGCCCCUGAUCACAAAGGCUCCUAGAAGGUUGUUUACCAUGACUCCUUGAACUCUUUGCUCAGGGGCCCAGACUGUUUUAAAUCAGUCCUGGCCUGACACUACUGUGUGUAGGACAUAGUUUAGUUCACUAACUGAUGAAAGCUGAAGAAAGGAGCCUACCUUCUACUUUACCUACCUCCUUUAAAACAUUUUUGUUCACUGAAUUAACAGGUUGCGUUUUUAUAUCAGUUUGAUCUACAGAAAGAUACACUGACAUGCCAAAGGUCACUGGGCAGAUACUAGUUUCAGGUCCCGUGACUUUUGUCAUAGCCUAUGGAAGCUAAAAUAGUCCUGCACUAACCUGUGGGAUAUGUAUGUGGAUUCUCCUGCACUGAAUGUGGGUGUGAUUUUUACCACCAGUCACUUGGACAACUUUAGCCAGAUGCCACCGGUCACAAUCAUUACCAUGUACUUAUUAUUCACAACUGCAGAAAUGUAACUUUCCAUCCAUCUACACCCACUAUCAGUUCAACUCCCAUGAUUCACAUUGCCUUGUCAUGAGGAUGCUGACCAGGGUUCAAUAAACCUCGCUCACAAGAUAACACCUCACAAUAUUGACGUCCUCCUGGUUCAGGCCACUCUUUUCCACCCCAAUACUCUGACACUGUGGAGCUUUCCAACUACUUCACUGACUUGGACAGACAAAUAAAUGGGUUUGGACUUG